CAGGAACGGCAAUGGGGCUCCUGGUGGCGCUCUGGGUGGUUCUCGCACACGUUCUAACCUGCGCCGGCGUGCUGGACGCCGGCGAGCAGCCGCUGUCGAGGAUCGCCAUCCGGAAGGCGACGGCCGCCGUCGUUGAUUCGGCCAGCGUCGAGGCUCACCCCACGGUCCUUGGCCUCAAGGGUCAGAGCAGUGAUUGGGUUGUCGUCGAAUUCUCCCACCCGAACCCCUCCAACGACGAUUGGAUCGGGGUCUUCUCUCCUUCAGGCUUCAGCUCUGAAAUCUGCCAGCCUGAAAACUGGAUGGACCUCCCGCCCUUUCUGUGUACCGCACCGAUAAAGUUCCAGUAUGCGAACUUCACGAAUGAUGCCUACAACAAGAGUGGGAAGGGGUCCUUGAGGCUGCAGCUGAUCAACCAGAGAGCGGACUUCGCCUUUGCGCUCUUCUCUGGAGGCCUCUCAGCUCCGAAGCUGAUUGCUGUCUCAAACAAAGUGACGUUUGAAAAUCCAAAGGCGCCCGUCUACCCUCGGUUGGCACAAGGGAAAUCUUGGAAUGAAAUGACAGUCACCUGGACAAGUGGAUACAACAUCAAGGAGGCAAUGCCAUUCGUGGAAUGGGGCCCUAAAGGCGGACAUCAAAUGCUUUCACCUGCUGAAACUUUCACAUUUGGAAGAAAUAGCAUGUGUGGUCCACCAGCACGAACUGUCGGAUGGCGUGAUCCUGGUUAUAUUCAUACAAGUUUCUUGAAGGAGUUGUGGCCUGAUGCAUUAUACACUUAUAGGCUUGGUCACAGGCUAUCAGAUGGUACUCACAUUUGGAGCAAGUCUUACAGCUUCCGCGCAUCACCUUAUCCCGGACAAGAUUCUUUGCAACGUGUCGUGAUCUUCGGGGACAUGGGAAAGGCAGAGGAAGAUGGUUCGGAUGAGUAUGGUAGCUACGAGAAAGCCUCCCUGAAUACCACCAAACAGAUCAUCAAUGACUUGGAGAACAUCGACAUGGUCAUCCACAUUGGAGAUCUUUCUUAUGCAAAUGGCUAUUUGUCCCAGUGGGAUCAGUUUACAGCGCAGAUAGAACCAAUUGCUUCAACUGUUCCAUACAUGAUUGGCAGUGGUAAUCAUGAGAGAGACUGGCCUGACACCGGAUCAUUCUAUGGAUACAACGAUUCCGGUGGCGAAUGUGGUGUUCCUGCUCAGACUACGUUCUAUGUUCCUGCCGAGAACAGGGCAAAAUUCUGGUACUCGACGGACUACGGCAUGUUCAGAUUCUGCAUAGCUCACACUGAAGAGGACUGGAGGCCAGGAACUGAGCAGUACAAGUUCAUCGAGCACUGCUUGUCGUCGGUCGACAGGCAGAAGCAGCCAUGGCUCAUCUUCCUCGCACACCGGGUUCUCGGGUACUCAUCAGCCAGCUGGUACGAGAUCAUGAUGGGGUCAUAUGGUGAGCCGAUGGGCCGAGAAGGGCUCCAAGAUCUUUGGCAGAAGUACAAGGUUGACCUAGCGGUUUUCGGUCACAUUCACAACUAUGAGCGCACCUGCCCCAUCUAUCAGAAUCGGUGUGUCCAGGAUGGGUCUAACCAUUACAGCGGGCGGUUCAACGCGACGACCCAUGUCGUCGUCGGUGGCGGCGGCGCGAGCCUCUCUCCGUUCAGAGCCACCGUGCCGUACUGGAGCUUGUUCAGGGACAUGGACUUCGGGUUCGUCAAGCUCACGGCGCUCAACAGCUCGUUCCUCCUGUUCGAGUACAAGAAGAGCCGUGAUGGCAACGUGUAUGACCACUUCACCAUCUCGCGCAACUACCCAGACGUCAUGGCCUGCUCCGUAGACAACUGCCCCCGGACCACCAUGGCUGUUUGAGCAAACUCUGAAAUCCAGAAGGCAUGUUCAGUCUUCUUUUUACCAUUUUGAUUUGACCUUUAGGCGGUUAAGCCUUGUAUUUGCCGUUGUUGUCUGCUGCCCUCUGUAAAAAAAAAA